UCACACACUGACAACAUCAAAGCACAAAGGUCACAGCUGAGAAAAGGAAAUGAUUCAUUUGUUUCUGACAGUCACAGAGAAACACAGCCAGCGAGAAGAGGAGGGAAGACAUCAGGGAUUACCAUGGUGGCCAUCACAGAGUUCCAGAAGAUUGGUAUUGGUCUGAUGGGAUUCGGUUUAUUUUUCCUGCUCUUUGGUGUUCUGCUGUACUUUGACUCUGUCUUGCUGGCCUUUGGAAAUAUCCUGUUUCUGACUGGUUUGACGUUCAUCAUCGGCAUCAGGAGGACAGCUCAGUUCUUCUUCCAAAGACACAAGUUUCGAGGUUCUUUAUUCUUCCUGGGAGGCGUGUCUCUGGUGUUGUGCCGUUGGCCAAUUAUUGGAAUGCUGGUGGAGAGUUAUGGCUUUGUACUUUUAUUCAGGUCCUUCUUCCCCAUGGCCUUGGGAUUUGUUCUGUCUGCUGUGAAUAUCCCUUUCCUCAGUGCAUUUUUCUCCAGCAGCUCCUCCAUGGUCUGAGCAGGAGAACAUGUUGCAGCAGUGAAGAAAUGCUGGAUGCCCCUCAGAUUCUGGGUGGGCAGAGAAGGAGAACUGAGGAGCAACUGCUCGAUAUCUGAACUGUUGUUGUCAUUUAUUUUGCUGAUGACCAGUAAGAAUCAUUUAUUUUUUACGGUGUACCAAAUAAGGUUACAAUUAACAACCAAGCAGUCAAAUAAUAAGCUGCUUAAAAAACUUAAAAACUUAAAACCUUACCUAAUUUAUAAAAAUAUUGUUUUCCAUCUAAUUUUACUAUAAUUUACUGUUGUAUUUAAACCUCUUAAUAUCUUGUUGUUGUUUUGUUAAAUGAAGAAAAAUAGAUUCCCCUAUAUUGUCUGACAGUUUCACAUACUGUAUAAUAUCCCCAGUGAGUGUGUUUAUGGGACCAUCAUUUCACAUGUUACAAAAAAUAAGGUUUAAUGAUAACCAGUAAAAGCUAUGCUGCAUGUUGUGUACUAGUUUAGUUGAAUGAGUAAUGUUAUAAUAUUGUAAAAUUAAUAUUAUAAGCAAUAUUUCUAACAAGAAUAUUCAUGAAUUAUGAAGUUCCUCUACACUCAAGCAGGUCCACAAUAAACAGCUCAAGGUUUGAAGUGA